CCACCACCACCCCCCGCUUGUCGUGGAGAGCCGAAAGAGGACCCUCGCAUCGAAAAGAGCGAGCCCACAGCAGAAAUAUCGCGCGUUCGUUCUAGAAGGAGGGGGAGGGGCAGAUUUGCUGGUUUGAUGCCGAAAUAACCUCACAAACAACUAAUCCUCAUCUCCAAACGCCGGAAUCGAAACCCUCCAGCAGGCCCUGGCUCUCCCUCUCUCUCUCUUUUGUCACUCUGUCCCUCUCUUCGGAGCUCUAUGCGGUCAAAUGCCACCGCUGCUGCCCCCCAUGCGGCGCUCGCGCAACGGCUGCAUCGACUGCCGCAAAGCCAAGGUCAAAUGCGACGAGAUCCGCCCCUCGUGCGGAACUUGCGCGCGACGCAGGCUCGUCUGCCAAGGAUACAAGACGCCGGCCGCUCAUCACUCUCGACACUUGUUGGUCGAUGUCGCCGGUGGGAUUGAUAACUCAGCAGCAGUAGCAGCAGCAACAACAACAACAACAACAACAACAACAACAACAACAACAGUAGCAGCAACGAGAUCAUCCGGGGCAUCUCCGUCCAGGUCUCCCGUUGGGCUCUCGGCGUCCGAGAUCACGGCCGGAGAGCGUCGGCCGAGGAUAACUCUGGACACCCGGGCCCUCUCGCUGCUCCCGCCCGGGGCGAUACCGGCCGCGGACCAGCCGCACAUCGAGCUCUACUUCAACAGGCACCCGUUCGAGCUGCUGAUCGGUCCCGAGUUCGUGAGCGAGAUGAACGCUAUCGUCGUGAUGAUGAUGCAGCAGGACCCGGUCGUCAUCGCCGACGCCAUCUCGGCCAUCGGGUACUCGUACGAGGUCGGCAGCUCGUCCGGCGCACUCUUGCCCGUGCUCGACCGGAGGGCCAAGAUCCUCGCGAACCUGAGGAACAUGAAGCCCUCUAGCCACUAUUUUGAAGAAGCUCUCUUUUUGCUCUUAGGGUUAUGUGCCAUGGAGCUCGUUACCUUGGCCCAGCCGGGACACCAUGCAACCAUCCCCACGGUCCUGUCCAACGUGGCCUCCCUCAUCAGCCACCACGUCUCGACCGGCGGAGACGUCUCCUCUGUCGCGAGGUACUACCUCCGGGCCCUGGCGCGACAGGACCUCGUCGUCUCGCUGGUCCAGCUGCAGCGGCCCCGGGUCCCGAGCUACGUCUGGCUCGAGAACGAGCCGACCAAGCCCGACCGGCUGCUCGGAUACACCGUGACCCUCAUGCCGCUGUUGGAGGAGCUGUGCACCCUGGCCGAGGAGGUCCGCGGACGCAUCCUGCAGCCAGCAGCGCUCUCUGUCGCCCUCCUGGGCGGCGGCGGCGGCGGCGACACCCGAACUCCGAGCCCCGAGUACACAUCGUCUGCAUCAUCGUCAUCACCGCCGCAGCUGGACGUUGGUGUCGACAGUUGGCUUGACUUCGGGUACUCAGACCUGGCCCUCCGGGCAGACUCCCUCCGAAUGCGUCUCGAGUCGUGGAAGCCCACCAUCUCCGACGGCCUCUCGUUCCGCUCGGCGCGCAAGUUCCGCGCCCAGGCGGCCUGCUACCGCGCCGGCGCCCUCUUGUACCUGCACCGCCUGUUCUACCUCCCGUGCUCAUCGCCGGAGGCGGACCACGAGGCGCUGAGCAGGGCGCACGAUGUGAUGCUCUACACGAGCGGGCCGCCGCCCGAGUCCAAGAUGCUGCUCUGGCCCGUCUUCAUGGCCGCCUGCGAGAUGUCGGACGCCGACGACCGGGCCGCCGUCCUCGACGUCUUCGACGCGAUAGGCACGCACCGCAAGACCGUCACCGUCGAGCGGACGAGGGCCUUCGUCCAGGAAAGGGUCUGGAAGGCGAGAGACGAGGGUGGGGACUGGAACUGGAUGGUCCUGGCGCAGGCUUACCCGGGGGAAUGUCUGCCGAUAUGA